AUGCCAAAAUCUAAACGCGCGAGAAAAAAUACUGGAAAAACGGCUGAAAAAAAUACUGCUGCGUGUUGCCAUUGUGGAGACACGCUUCACACUUCUGAUGAAUGCCCAUUGGCGACGAUAGAUAUAAUAGAUGAGGAUGAUUUGAAUGAUAAAAAUUCAAGCGAUGUGACUGUUAAUGAUGAAACAGAUGAAAGAAAUUCAAAGAGAAAAAGGGAUGAUAAAGGUAAAGCUGUUGAGACUGAGACUGAGCCUGGCCCAUCGACAAAAGGCGAAGGUAGCAAUGAAAAAGGGAAAAAAACUUCUGCAAAGCGUCAAAAAGUUACAAAUUCGGAAUCUAGCGAAUCUUCUUCUGAUUUUACUUCUGAAGAACCCGAAUGGCUUAAAAACUCUCAAAGCUCUACCCAAAGUCAAGAUGCCACUGAGCGUGUUUUCGUCACUCCAUAUUAUGUUGAUUUGGACGCAACUAAAAUUGUGGGCGUCCAAUAUUAUAAUGGAAUCGUUAACAAGGGAGAGGCGGUAUCUCUAAUACGUGAGCCAUCCAAUCCUUACGACAAAUAUGCAAUUAGGAUAGACAAUAUUAUGGGUGUUCAAGUUGGGCAUAUUCCUAGAGAUGUUGCUGCUGUUGUAUCUCCUUUGAUCGAUAGUGGUGAAAUUAAACUCGAGGCUACCAUACUCGGGAACCGUGGUACUUACUCCAUUCCACUCCAAGUGCACGUGUAUGGGUCACCUCAGGCACAAGGAUCAAUCUCUAGCUCAUUAAAGAAACGUGGAAUUGCAGUCGAAUCUCCAAAACAACCAAGACAAACGAAGAAAAGUAGAGCUGAGGCUGCUGCUUCUAUGGCGAUGUUUGACGAAGCAUGGCGUGAUUUGGUUGGUAAAGGUCAAGAAAUUAGUAUGAAGAAGAAACAAGAGGCAUUCGAAAAGAUUGGAAUAUCUAUCGAGGAUUUGGAGAAACUUCCAGAGGCACCACAACCAGAUGCACUUCUCACUAAACUUCUACCUUAUCAAAAGCAAGGUCUCGGUUGGAUGUUUUCUCACGAACAUCCGGAAGAUCCGACAGAAGAGAAGGCAACGCAAUUUUGGGUUAUGCGCAAAGAGACAGGAUCCAACCUUUACUAUAAUGUUGCGACUAGUCACUCAUCUCAAACUCGGCCAGAAUUUUCUCGUGGUGGUAUUCUUGCAGAUGACAUGGGUCUUGGCAAAACGCUACAAACAAUCUCCUUGAUUGUAUCGGAUAACGAUGGAGGUGGAUUUAUUACCACGCCUUUGCCUACUAGCUCAGAUUACUCUAAAACUACUUUAAUUGUCGCUCCAUUGAGCAUUCUAGGAAAUUGGGUUGAUCAAAUAAAUACUCACGUGAAACCUGGUGCCUUAUCGGUCUAUGUUUUCCAUGGACCGAACCGAAAUUCGAGUCCGUCCUUCCUUUCCAGUCAUGAUGUUGUGAUUACGACCUAUCAAGUUCUCUCAUCAUCGAAUGUUAAAGACAAACGUAAAGGAUUGUUUGCGAUAAAAUGGCGUCGUGUUGUCCUUGAUGAAGGGCAUGUCAUUAGAACAAACAAGACAAAACAAAGUCAGGCUGCAUGUGCUUUAGAGGCUGAACGUCGAUGGAUACUCAGUGGUACUCCAAUCAUGAAUCAAUUGAAUGAUAUGUAUUCGUUGAUUAAAUUUUUGAAAAUUACACCAUUCCAUGAUUAUGACUUGUGGACUCGAGUCUUUUCUCGUCCUGUCAGCAAAGGGGAUUUCGAGGGUAUUGACCGUCUUGCGUGCUUAAUCCGUACUACUUGUCUUAGACGCACUAAGGACAUGAAAUUCAAAGGUCAAUCAAUAUUGGAUCUUCCUCCAAUUACCUCUUAUUUGCAUAAAGUCAAAUUUACUCCUGAAGAAAAAAAGAAAUACGACCUUAUGGACGAAACCGCGAAGGAAUGCUUCCGUAAAUUAGAAGAUGUUGGCGGAAGGGGUAGUGCUGCUGCAUUAUUGGAAAUUUUAAUGAGGAUGCGACAAAUUUGCGAUCAUUGGAAACUUGCCGAAGAUCGGUUGAAAUUAGCUGCUGAGUCUUCACUUGAUUUAACUCCUGAGAAUGCGCAGUUAUUAGCUAAAUUCUUGAAAGAAGCGAUCGAAGAUAAUGAAGAUUGCUGUAUUUGCCUUGAUCCAUUAUCAUCACCAGUUAUAACACUUUGUAGGCACGUUUUCGAUCGUGAGUGCAUUGAGCAGGUGAUUGACAAACAAAAGCAUGCAUGUCCUAUGUGUCGUAAUCCUAUUCGUAAGGAACAAUUAAUUGAGCAACCUCUGGAUUCAGUCGAAGCUGACGAAGGUUCUAGUGGAAAUUCGAAUAAAGGUUACGUUUCCAGCUCUAAAAUUGACGCCCUUUUGGAAUUCCUGAAAGUGUCUGAUGAAAGAGAUCCAACCAGCAAAUCUGUAGUUUUUAGCCAGUGGACAUCUUUCCUUAAUCUGGUUGAACCCGCUCUUCAUCAUGCCAACAUCAAAUUUGUGCGCUUGGACGGAAAAAUGUCGCGUCUUAAACGUGAAGAAGCAAUGAGGAUGUUUCAAUAUGAUCCGGAUAUUAAAGUGUUUUUGAUAAGCUUAAAAUGUGGAUCAUUAGGGCUUAAUUUGACUGCUGCUGAUCGAUGUUUUAUAAUGGACCCGUGGUGGAAUCCUUCGUAUUUACUUAUCGAUUUUAUAGAUCGAAUUUAUCGAUUGGGACAAACUCGCCCAGUGUCGAUUUUCCGCUUUGUAGUUGAAAAUACAAUCGAAGACCGUGUGAUCGAAUUACAAGAAAAGAAAAGAGGCUUG